AUGGGCUCUGCCAAUGUCUUCUUGGUCGUGCUUGCAGCUGUAGCAUCGUUGUUGGUCGUGCAGGGCUUCGCCUCUGACGACUACAUGGGUGCAACAAUGGGGAUCAGUAUAAACGCCUCCCUCUCAACAAGGUGGAUCAAUAACAGCGUCUCUCUGUCAGACGCAUUCUCCAACUACGGGGACGGUACAACAGUACGCCCCACCGUCCUCCAUUCAACAAUGGUUGCUGGGCGCUUUCAAGGGUGGUCUUUUGGCGCAGGGUUCUUCUGCACCUCCCCCUGUGACGUCUUCAUCUUUUCCGUCUUCAUUAUAACCAGUGUCGGGAUCUAUGGCAGUGACACUGGAUUUCGGAUUAUCCCGUCAGGGCCACAUGUUGUCUGGUCAGCCAACAGGGAUACUCCUGUCAGGGAGAACGCCACCAUUGAGCUUACUAGGCAUGGCGACCUGGUACUCCGUGAUGCCGAUGGGAGGACGGUUUGGUCAAGUGGCACUUCUGGCAAAUCCGUGGAUGGCAUGGAGAUCAUGAAGCACGGCAACCUGGUGAUGUUUGAUCAGAAGAAUGCCAUUGUGUGGCAGUCAUUGGACCAUCCAACUGAUUCAUUGGUCCCUGGGCAAUCACUUAUGGAAGGUAUGAGGCUCGCAGCUACAAAAUCGACUAAGAAUCAGUUUUAUAUUACUGUACUCCGAGAUGGAUUAUACGGUUAUGUCAAAUCCACACCACCACAACUUUACUUCUCAUAUCCAUCGGUGAAAAGUAGUAAGACUGUAAGUGAUCCAACAAAUGUUACAUUCCAGAAUGGCGAGCUUAGAAUCAUUUUAGACGCACCAAAAAAACCUUAUCAUGACUCGUCAACACAGAGUACCGUUAUCUACUUCGGUAUUGUUGAUUAUCUCAAGCUGCCAUCAUCCCAGUUCAGCCAGUAUAUGAGAUUAGAGUAUGAUGGGUGCCUAAGGCUGCAUCAAUGGUCUGAUAAUGAAAAUCAGUGGACUACGUCUGAUGUAAUGGAAAUCUCUCGUCAUUGUGAUGAGCAAUUAUCAUGCUUUGGGAAGAGGGAGUACAGGAUCUCGGGUGAUUGUGCUUACCCAACAGUGUGCGGGGACUACGGGAUAUGCACAAAUGGGCAGUGCAGCUGUUCUCAUGAGAGUAAUACUAAUUUGAACUACUUCAAACCUGCUUGA